GUGUUUGUGCAUGUGCUGCAUGUGCACAGGAAUCGUCGGUCGAUGGCAUCAUGCAUAUGUGAGGCAUACCCAACCUUACUCACAUUUGUAUCGUUUAGCUCCGAAUAGCUUGCCGUGAUUUGCAUUUCCGUUGCACUUCCGCGUUGCGCGUGGAACGAGAGGACCAAACCCGCCCCAUCGAAUGUCGUCGCUUGUCGAGUGACCCAUGGACGGACCCCGAUGGCGAUCCGUCGUACACACCUGGCCGCACGCUUUGCAUGCAGAGCAAAAUUAAUGGAAAAUAACAAAAAGUUUUCACACGUAAUUUAACAUAUCCGUGUGCCAUGGGCGGGGAAGGAGAUCCAACAGAGCGAGAAGGGGAUAGGAAGUGGAGCCCGAGAUUAAGUGCGACUAAUGAUUGCUAUGCUCCGGUGGAAUGUUAUCGUCUUGGGCUGUGCCUGACGCCGAAGGACCGUGAAGGCAUGCAAUGCUGGAGCACCCGCUAAUUGAAUACAAGUUGAUACACUUGGCAAACAUGCCACGCCAUGUGCCAUGACAAUGUUUUCUGAAGAGCGCUUUAUCAUGUAUCGUGUGAAAAAGAAUUGAGAAAUACAGACAGCGGACAUGCCACCGGUCAGCAUUUGUUUUGGAAAGGGGCCCUAUAUCCUGCUGAGAAAGGAGGAUUUCAAGUAUGUUUUCUUGCCUAAAAUAUGAUCCAUCGCCCGUACGCACGAUACCGAUGAAUACUUCAAUUUUGAUUGCUUUGGAAAAUCGCGGUUACUUCCUGACCACCCCUCCCCGAUCCCUUAAUCCAUCCCUUGGUUAUCAGCAUCAGACAGGCACGAAUUAAAAAAAAAGCAUUCGGGCGUCAGGAAGUGCUCUCGCAUACGAGAAAACCGCGCUACCGGCCCGGAAGAUGUUCGAACGAGACGACGGCCCCAAAGAGUGCUCCACCAGCACCCGAAAGAGAACGACAGAGAGCGAGCUGAGCGAGCUUCAUCAGCCCAAAACAGAGAUCCGUCUUUUGCCGCGCGGCCCUUCAUAGUGUGCGCGUUUGCGAGAGCACAAAACCGGGCCAACCCUACGCAGCAGCAGCAGAGGCAGCAUAAAGACAGCCAACCGAUGUGGCGAUUGAUUCUCGCGCACUCGGUCAGUUCGUUUCGGUCGCCGGUCCGUACCGGGUGGGUUUCGUUCGCUCACGGCAGCAGACAAAAACACAUCUCCGGAACCCUGCACUAAACUCUUGGGACAUUCGGUGAACGGUGCUGUUGACGCGUUUGAUAGCAGUUCAACGGCAGGGCGGUCGAGAGCAAGCUCAGUUCAGUGUAGUUGUAAAAUAGUGCAGUGUACAGAAAGUGAAUCGAAAGAGAAGAGAAGCAGCGAAAAGAAGCAGAAGAGCGUGAGAUAUACGGAAGAGGAAUCCCAAAAACUAUUAUCAUCAAAAAGAACAAAAUAACUACAGCACUACUAAACCUAGGACAAUGAAUCAUUGAUAUCUUAAGAAAGGCGGCAUGAUGUCACAUUUUAACAUGCUUUUAUCGUUUUUCAACAACACAACAGUGCUCAGCAGUGCUCUGCCGAUGUAAAAGAUGUAUCAUGGAACAAGGCAUUCUAGCAUCAGCUGUACCGACGCCAAAAACUCCAAUCUAUCAGCGCUACACAACCGCCCUCCAGAAUGACCCCCGGUGUUCACAAGAGAUAAAGUCGCUAUCAAGGUAGUGGACACCAGUCGUUUAGAUGCUAAGGCGCUUCGGAUGUUGUCGCGCGAGGUAAGCACGCUUGAGUGUGUCUACCACCCAUUUAUUUUAAGACUGUUUGAAGUGAUAGAAACAUUGGGAAAGAUCCAUCUGAUCAGCGAAUGGGUGCAAGGCGGUGAGCUUUACAAUCGCAUCACGGAAGUCGGCCCGCUCAAGGAACCACAUGCUGCACUGCUUUUCCAACAACUGCUACUGGCUGUGAAGCAUCUGCAUAGUUUAGGUUUCGUGCAUCGUGAUAUCAAGGCGGAGAAUGUGCUGCUAGUAAGCGAAGAACGCAUCAAGCUGGCCGAUUUUGGCUUCAGCACACAGCUGGUAAAUGGACCCUGGCAACAUCUGGACACGUUCUGCGGUUCCCCACCGUACGCCGCACCGGAACUGUUCAGUGACGAUCACUACAUCGGUGGACCGGUCGAUAUCUGGGCGCUCGGGAUCCUGCUCUACUUCAUGCUGGAGGGAUGUAUGCCAUUCAAAGCGCCAACAGUUCCCCUGCUACGGACGGCCGUGCUGAAGGGAGAAUUUGUCAUAUCCACUAGCCUCAGCGUGCCGUGUUGUCGCGUAAUUCAACGAAUACUAGUUCAUACACCGUCCCGGAGGCCGACGAUCGAACAGCUGUUGGACUGCCAGUGGUUCCGAUACGCACAGGAUCAUGCCGCUCGGCUGGGACGGGCGAACAACCAUCAACAAACCACCGUCGGCCAAAUUCGAAACCCCAACAACAAUGUUCCUAGGCGAAGGCGAAAAAAGCUGUUCUGGUUUUUUCCUGCGCCACGCGAUCGCCUUUCCUCGCCCGAGUCAAACGCAUCCAGUCGUGAUAACAACCUUAGUGCUGCCAACAACAAUCAGCGUCAACAUCAUCAUCAACACCAUCAUCAUCAUCACCACAGGCACCAACCACCAACCGUGUCCUCCUCGACGAAAUCCUCUUCCUCGCGGGACGAACGCCUAGCCAAUGCUCCGGAGAUCCCCAAUCUGCGCACGAUCGCUUGCUGCACCAAGCGGGCCGCCAGCGUACUGGAGGAAAACUAUCUGCAUCCUCUCAAGCCAGAUCCGCGAGACGGGACCGACGGGGCGGACACCGAGCACCAUCUGCAUCAGCAUUCCCAUUUUACUAGCAAGGAUAUUCUAUCCAACGAUGUGUCAAAUAACAGUACUGAUAACAAUAAUACGAAUGGUACGAAUAACUACAAUAAUCAGCUCAGCAACGACAUCAACGGGGACAGUAACCCUCGGAAGGAAAGUUGUCUGGCCAGUCAGGAGCGAAAGCCGCGUCGAUUUUCUUUUGGACGUACAUUGAAAAAGCGCAUCGGGCCCAUGGAGCUUGUGUCGGCAGAAAGUCUCACGAGCCCGGACAAAGGAUCGCGACCGGAUCGGGUUAUAGAUCUGCGAGAAAAAUUGGAUCGUACGAUCGACGAAGAGCACGGUCGCUUCAUGAUGUACCCGACGACAGCCGUUUCUUCCGAAGGCAAUCGCCAUUUGCAUCCGCUAGAGAUGGAAACACGUCGCAUUAUGAAGGCCCUCGGUAUCACCGGCGACAUGAUAGCGCGUGCGGUAACGAAUGGACCGCGCAGUGACAUCAUCGGUGUGUACCGCAUCAUAAUGCAUCGAUUACAGCGCGAGCAAACAAGCGUCCGGCUGGCAACGACAAAUGGAGGAGCCUACGAGUUCCUCGAGUUGAAGUCAAUCAACGGGACGGCGCACUCCGGUGGUAGUGCUGGUGGACGUAGCGGCCCGCACAGUGGCGCUGGGCGCAACACUGCCAACAGUCGGCGACAUAUCGAUCAGAACCGUGGAAGGAUCUGUGCCAUUCUCUAAACAACCUAAGAACGGGGCCAAGAAGUCCUUGUCACUUUUCCUUGUUUUUCACACUCAUGUGAUAAUCCCCACGAGGGUUAAUAGGAAUCAGUUUAACCUGCUAGCCUCGUAACAUGGCGUACCAUUUCCAAAGAGACACAGAUAGAGGGAGAGAGAGAGAGAGAGAGAGAUAUAUAUAUGACGAGCUGAAACUGAUUCUGCGGUAUCACUAGUGAAGUACUAGUGUAGACCGUCAAACCUUAGGUUGGUAAUGUCAUAUUUUUAGAAUAAAAUAAUGUUGUUAACUAUUAGUUCUAGUGUAAUCCCGGUUUGCAUCGUAGAUACUAGACCGCCGUAGCUCCGAAAAUCGUCCACACGUAGCCGGAAACGGCAAACGAUAUCUCUCUCUUUGUCUCUUCAUCUCUCGCCCUUUCUUUUCCUUUCCACCAAGGACACACGGUGGCUGGGAGCAUAGUAACCAACAUUAACCAAUUUUAGUUAUGGAUGAUCGAUGUUAGGCUCUGUUGCGUGAGCGGCCAACCGCGUGGACUGUUGUGUAGCUUUAAUAUAUUUAUUUUUAUAAACAAUCAAAACUCGCUACAAAGGUUUGGGGGGCGCUGGAAAGAAGAAAAGACAUGCAUUAUUUUUUUUUUAAAUCCUACGCUACGACGAUAUGUUUGCGUCCGAGGAUGUAGCAUGUGUGUGGUCCAAAGUUACUCGUUAUGUCUGUUGGUUUUAUUUCUAUAAACAAAUGAUCAAAUCAUACUACAAAUGUAAAUGAUAUAUUAUGCAUCACCAAACGUGGCGUACGGUCAAACCAGAAACAAAUAUACAAUUAUUGUGAACAUAAAA